GCUGAUGAUAGAAGUUACCGGCAUUUUUUCUUCUGGAGAGUAGCAUGACUUGUGUGAAAAAUGAAUAGCUAGGCAGCUAUCAUAAAAAGGUAUCGGGUGGUAUCUAUCUCUGAAAGCAGGCCUGGACAUCACCAUUAUCGAGAAGGGGGAAACGGGGAAUUGCAUGACCUGAUGUAUUCCCAGCAGCUUAAUUCUUUUCAAGAUGGGUGAAAGAUAAAUCCUCUUGAGCAACAUUGAUCCUAGAAUCACACUAGUUCACUUUGGGUGGGAGUACAAAUUUUUCUUACCUCAUUUUAAUUUCUUGAUAUUGUCUCUUUUUCUCUUGUUGUUGUUUUCCCUUUCUUCUUUCAGUCGCUUGCUUCAUUUAAUAGGAAUCUAUGAGGCCCUCGAAUUGAGAGAUGGAGGCUCUAACUACCUGGGAAAGGGUGUUUCAAAGGACCCAACAGAUCAGACCAGACUGGUAUUGAUAACUUUAUGGUUCAUCAACUUGAUGGAACUCAAAAUGAAUGGGGGUGGUGCAAGCAGAAGCUUGGCGCAAAUGCCAUCCUUGCGGUGUGCAAAGCUGUCAAGAACAUUCCGCUUUAUAAGGAGUUUAUGAUUCUUCCUGUUGGAGCUUCUAGUUUCAAGGAGGCUAUGAAGACGGGUUGUGAAGUGUAUCAUCAUUUGAAGGCUGUGAUUAAGAAAAAGCAUGGACAAGAUGCCACAAACGUUGGUGAUGAGGGUGGUUUCGCUCCUAACAUCCAGGAGAACAAGGAGGGCCUUGAAUUGCUCAAGACAGCCAUUGAUAAAGCAGGUUAUACUGGAAAAGUUGUAAUUGGCAUGGAUGUUGCCGCAUCUGAAUUCUAUGGAAAGGACAAAACUUAUGAUCUGAACUUCAAAGAAGAGAACAAUAAUGGCUCACAAAAGAUCUCAGGUGACCAGCUCAAAGAUUUGUACAAGUCAUUCGUGUCUGAGUACCCUAUUGUUUCAAUUGAAGAUCCAUUUGACCAAGAUGACUGGGAGACCUAUGCUAAGCUCGCUGCUGAGAUUGGGGCGAAAGUUCAGAUCAUGGGAGAUGACCUCCUUGUUACCAAUCCUAAGGUAAGAUUGAAGCGGUUGCUAAGGCAAUCGACGUGCAAUGCACUUCUUCUUAAGGUUAACCAAAUUGGAAGUGUGACUGAGAGUAUUGAAGCUGCAAAAAUGUCUAAGCAGGCUGGUUGGGGUGUGAUGACCAGUCACUGCAGUGGAGAGACAGAGGAUACCUUCAUCGCUGAUCUUGCUGUGGGUUUAUCAACUGGACAAAUCAAGACUGGAGCUCCCUGCAGGUCAGAGCGUCUCGCAAAGUAUAACCAGCUUUUGAGAAUUGAAGAGGAACUUGGGUCAGACACCAUUUAUGCUGGAGCAAGCUUCCGAGUAGCUGUUGAGCCCUACUAAACUUGAUCUGGUACUGUGAGAUGUAGUCUCUCUUUGGCUGAAUAAAUCGCGAUCGCCAUGCAUAUGAGUUAUCUUAGAUGGUCUAUGAUCAGCUUUUUUCAACAGUUGUUUGUUCUGAGGUUUAACAGUGUUUCAUUUUUUGGCUGCUGGUUUUGUAAAGGGGAAUACAGAUAGAUCAUAGUAAUUCUUAAAUUUAUGUUUUCAUAGUUUUGGUGUCGCAUACCUUCAAUGUGUGCUUUGUCGGUUGGCAAAUUCA